UAAAUAGAACUAAUGAAAAUGUGAUCAGCACGAUGUGAGUUUAGGACCAAAAAUGUUGGUUAAUUCAGAUGUUGAGAUGAAUUUUGAACUGCAAUCUCCAGACUAUAAUGCAGCUCCCCCACUCCUUCCUAGGGAUCCUAGGAUGAGACGACCCAGUGAUGAAGGAACAGACUCAGGUCGGGGGACAGUUCAACAGGACGGAGAUUAUGAGGAGGGAGAGUACAAUGCCGGAUAUUUCAACGGUGACGUAAAUAAUAGUACUCAAGAAAAUGUCCCUUCUCCCGGUAUACAUGAAGGCAUGUACACUCCUCCUCCCGGUGUACAUGAAGACAUGUACAAUCGUGGCUUUCUAGAAGGAGUUGUACAUGCCGUGCCAAUUACAGUACUAAGUGAGUUACAUCCACAGGUGCACCGGGGUGAGUAUGAGAAUCUUGUACCAGAUAACCAGUAUUAUGAGCAUGUGGAAUUCAGAGGUUCUAGUCGUAUAGUAGAAGAGGAUGAAGGACUAUAUUCAAUUCCAGAAGUUCAAAAAGAAAGCUUAGGAGUACAGGCUCUUGAUGUUGAUAUGUUUGGUCUUACACGCAGGUUUCCUUCUAUUAAAGUUUUAGAUAAAAAGGCGAAAAAGAAAAAAAUAAUCUCUGAAAGCAAGAAUGUUGCAUCCUCCCUGUACGCUGUACCUGAUAAAAGUAUAAAACCAACUCCGUCUAGUCCUAUCAAUCCAGCUAAACAGCUGACUAGUGAUGUUUUCAACAAGAAUAUUGCCCCCGCUGCCAGCAGCUCCUUCACAGAUGUUAUCAAAACAAAUGAAACCACAGAGAAAGUUGACAAAAGUGAUACAUUGAAAACAGAAAAUUCAUAUGUCAGUCUUCCCUGGAAAAAAAAUCAUCGUGGUUCUAAAAGUUUCACGCAUUUUAUUCUGAAUAAAAUGAAAACGCGGCAUCGGUUGCUCGCCCUAGUCGUCUUCCUUCUCAUCGGAUUUGGAAUUGGGGCAUAUUUUAUUACAGAUACAGUUGUAACAGUUCCUCGUGAUGGAAGAAGACGACAUUAUGAAUAUACAAACAGAAAAAUUUCUCCCAGCAGCAGCAGGACUCCUGUAGACACUUCAGAUAGAGACGAUUUUGGAAUUGAUGAGAGAAUUCCUAUUCGUCGGCUUACUGGAGACUCAUGGGGCUCUUGGAGCUCAUGGAGUAAAUGUAAUUCUAGUCCUUGUAUUCCAGGGGAAACUAUGGCUAGAUCUAGAGUUUGCUUAACCCAAGAGAAAACUGAAAUAUCUAUGAAGGGAUGUAUUGAGCAGGGUGGAGUAAAUGUAGAGAUAGAACCCUGUUUCUGUUUCUAGAUACUUCAGAAUAUACAAUCACACCACUCGAGUAGGUACAACAUGUACUGAAUAUGUUACCAGUCGUACUAACUAAAGUAAAAUAAACAAUUUAAAAUCACAACAUAGUGUUGCUUAAGCUAAGGAAAGCAGAUUUACUAGUUUGUUUUUCAAAGUAUGCAGUGAGUGACAUAUCAUGAUGAGUUCGUUUCCUUUUUUAUCUGACAACCUUUUGUUUCAUGUUUAAUUUCCUGUGAUUUUUAAAAACAUUUUUUUAUUUUUGAUUUUGACGGAUAUUAUAUCGUGGAAGAGGGCCAACUCAGACCGAAAUAUAUUUUCAAAAAAAAUUUGAAAUUAACACUACUACAUUUGCUCUGUGUGAACACCAAUUUUUUCCAAACAGCCAGCAAGCCAAGCCAUGUUUGCCCAUAGGUAUUGGUCCAAUAAAAAGUAACUUAUGGACAGUGAAGUUUUAUCUUAAAUUUCUUGGAAAUUAUACAAAUAUUUACAGGAAUAUUUUAAUAUUUACAAGUUUAAAUUUACAUUUACAAAUUUAAAGUUAUAUUUACGAAUAUCGACUGGUAAAUAAUAUACACAAAGUAAAAAAAGAAAACACGUCUUUUUAAGCAUUGAGCAUUUUGGCAUUAGGCACAUUUUUGAGAGAUACAGGCUUAGCUGUAGUUCUAAUUCCUAAAAGUGGGGUAAAACUUCAGGGUUAUCCACAAAGAAUGAGACUUUAUGACUCAAUUAAUUCAGUAUCUAGAUAUUCUUGGUUUCCCGACACUGUUAUUUUGGUUUUUUAUUUUAUCAAGUCAUCAUACAUAUUCAUUUUAAAACUAUGUGUAAAGCAGAAUCAAAAUUCUGUCUUUAGAUCACUAAAUGUUGAGAGUUUUAGGUCGUUAAUAAAGCAUGUAUAUAUUCCUUAAAAUAGGAAAAAAUCACUGUAACCACGUCAUGUUGACACAGAAAUGUGUUCCCUUCAGGGAGUAUUUUACCUGAAAACUUUUCUUCUGUAGUUUACAUUAAAACCUUGUUCCAAUACAAACUAUCUAGGGGCGUAUAUACAGGAGUUCGUCCAGGGGGGGGGCUUAGUUAUUCUUUCUUUCUAGGGAAGUGCUCAGCAGUAGCACCCAUUGGGAACUGAAACUCCCCUGGAUAUAAUAAAUUUAGCUGAUCAUGAUGUGGGGGGGGGGGGGCUGAGCCCAAAUAACCCUCUUCCACUAUUUUUAAUCUUCUCUGAAAAUAAAUGUGAAAGACAAUGUUUGUUUUCAAAUAAAAUGUUUAUUUCCAAAUAAUCAUUUAAAUAAUUUUCGUUUUAGUUGAUUGUUUAAAAAUAUAGAUAUGAUGAUUGGCAUAAAUCAAAACAGACUGCUUUGUUAAAAACUACAGACAGCCAAUUAAACCCUUCUGUAAUUGAUUUCCUGUGAUGACCCAAGAAACAUAACUAUUUCUACAAAAGAAGAAAAAUGGA